GUUUCUCCUCUCGAUUCUUCUUAUUGCGCUGAAUGCGUUCAACUCCAUUAUUCCCGAUGCGAUGUACAGGGCGUUAGUUCUUCGGAGCUGCGCAAGAUUGCUACUCAGCAUCAAGAGCUGAAGAAUGAGCUGCAGGCUGCUGAGGAGAAGGUUCUUCGUCUGCGCAAGCAGAAAUGA